AGCGGCUGUGGAGCCCCGGGUCCGGCUGUCGGUGUGGGGUAGAUGGGGGUGUCCUGGUUGGGGGUGUCCAGCGUGUCUCCACCCCCCUGCUCCGCGCCCGACCAAUGAUCUGCGGUCUCGGUGUCCUGCGGCUCGGAGGAUGCCCUGGCCGCAGUAGUAUAUGGUCAUGGCAGGGGCAUUCCUGGGAGUCCUGCGCAGUGACGCCGAGCCUUUAAACCUCGCUUCACGCUCCCGCAGCUGCACAGCCCCACUCUGUCCACGACGCCACCCGCGCGUGACCACAGCCAAGCCAGCCAGAGGACAAAAGCAGACUAUUCUUCACUCUUCCUCCUGAGCCUCCUCUUUCUCUGAGAGUGUGAGCCCGCAGGAGUGACCUCGGGUCUGCAUGCGCGCCUCUUUACGCACAGCUCCGUGAAGCUCCCUCCCCGCGCGCUGGGCACUGCCCCUCCGCUUCCACUGCCCCGUUUCUCUUUUUUUUCUGCCUUUCCUUCUCUUCCCACUGCGCUCGGUGCUAUAAAAGGCAUGUCCAUGAUGAGCAACAACAGCUACUUGGAGCCCCAGCAGUUCUACCAGAGCACCGCGGACAUCGGCGAGGAGGAGGAGGAGGAGGAGAUGCCGGCCACCGAGAAGGACCUGGCCGAAGACGCCCCGUGGAAGAAGAUCCAGCAGAACACCUUCACCAGGUGGUGCAACGAGCACCUGAAGGUGAUCAACAAACGCAUCAACGACCUGCAGAAGGACCUGAGCGAUGGGCUAAAGUUAAUAGGGCUGCUGGAGGUGCUGAGCCAGAAAAAGAUGUACCGGAAGUACCACAGCAGACCCAACUUCAGGCAGAUGAAGCUGGAGAAUGUGUCCGUGGCGCUGGAGUUCCUGGAAAGGGAGCACAUCAAGUUGGUCUCCAUCGACUCCAAAGCCAUCGUGGAUGGGAAUCUGAAGCUGAUCCUGGGUCUGAUCUGGACCCUGAUUCUCCACUACUCCAUCUCCAUGCCCAUGUGGGAGGACGAGGAUGACGAAGACGCCAAGAAACUGACUCCUAAACAGCGUCUGCUGGGCUGGAUCCAGAACAAGGUGCCCCAGCUCCCCAUCACCAACUUCCACCGAGACUGGAGGGAUGGCAAGGCGCUGGGAGCUCUGGUGGACAACUGCGCCCCCGGUCUGUGUCCCGACUGGGAAACAUGGGAUCCCAGUCAGCCAGUGGAGAACGCCCGGGAAGCCAUGCAACAGGCUGACGAUUGGCUGGGAGUGCCACAGGUGAUUGCUCCUGAGGAGAUCGUCGAUCCUAACGUGGAUGAGCACUCUGUGAUGACCUACCUGUCUCAGUUCCCUAAAGCCAAACUGAAGCCCGGUGCCCCCUUGAGGGCCAAAUCACUACACCCCAAGAGGGCUAAGGCCUACGGACCAGGUAUCGAGGCUCGAGGUAACAUGGUUCUGAAACCAGCAGAGUUCCUGGUGGAGACGGUGGAGGCUGGACUGGGAGAAGUUCUAGUUUAUGUGGAGGAUCCAGAGGGACACACAGAAGAGGCCCGAGUCAUCCCCAACAACGACAAGAACCGAACCUACUCUGUGGUCUACCUGCCCAAAGUGGAGGGGCUUCAUAAAGUAAAGGUGUUGUUUGCUGGUCAGGACAUCGACAGAAGUCCCUUCAUUGUAAAUGUUUCAAAAGCCAUGGGCGACCCAACCAGAGUUCAGGCCCGCGGGCUGGGACUGCAGCCAAUGGGAAAUGUGGCCAACAAACCUACAUACUUUGAUAUUUACACUGCAGGAGCGGGUGCUGGAGAUGUGGGUGUCAUCAUUGUGGACUCAAAUGGCCGCAGGGAUACAGUGGAGAUUGUCCUGGAGAACAGAGGCGACAGUGUAUUUCGGUGCACCUAUGUCCCUGUCCUGGAGGGACCUCACGUCGUCUGUGUGACUUUUGCUGGGCAGCAGAUUCCCAGAAGUCCUUUCACUGUCCACAUCUCCGAAGUUUCACAGAGUGUCCCUCCUCCUGGGUCUCCAGUGCAGAUUGUACCUCAGUCCAUACGCACCCCACCUGCUGACAAGACCAGGAGAGCUCCUCCUCCAACACCACCCAAACCCAGGCGACCAACCUGUAACCCAAACGCCUGCAGAGCGUCUGGCAGAGGUCUGCAGCCGAAGGGUCUGAGAGUGAAAGAAGUGGCAGAUUUCAGAGUUUACACCAAAGGAGCCGGCAGCGGGGAGAUCAAAGUCACCGUUAAAGGACCAAAGGGCCUGGAGGAGCCUGUGAAGGUGCUUGAGAUGGAAAAUGGCCUGUAUGAGUGUAAUUAUUACCCCGUCAUGGCAGGAAAGUACAUCGUAACUGUCACUUGGGGCGGACACAGCAUCCCUCGCAGCCCAUUUGAAGUUUAUGUCAGUGAGGAGGCAGGGCUUCAGAAAGUGAGAGCCUGGGGUCCAGGUCUGGAGACCGGUAUGGUGGGGAAGAGUGCUGACUUUGUGGUGGAGGCCAUUGGAACUGAAGUGGGAACUCUCGGUUUCUCUAUCGAGGGGCCCUCCCAGGCUAAGAUUGAGUGUGAUGAUAAAGGCGAUGGAUCAUGUGAUGUUCGAUACUGGCCGACUGAACCAGGCGACUAUGCCGUCCAUGUUAUUUGUGAUGACGAGGACAUCAAGGACAGUCCCUUCAUGGCCCACAUCCUCCCUGGUGCCAGUGUCAUCUUCCCUGAGAAGGUGAAAUGUUAUGGUCCAGGUCUGGAGCCUUUGGGCUGCAUUGUUAACAAACCUGCUGAUUUCACCAUUGAUACCCAUGGAGCUGGCAGAGGAGAGCUGAAGCUCUAUGCUCAGGAUUCAGAUGGUUUCCCCAUUGACGUCCAGAUCACAGAUAAUGGAGACAGCACCUACUUCUGUGUUUACAUUCCCACAAAACCCAUCAAACACACCAUUAUCAUCACCUGGGGUGAAGUCAACGUCCCCAACAGCCCGUUCAGGGUGACUAUCGGAGAGGGCAGCCAUCCAGAGAAUGUGAAAGUUUACGGUCCAGGUGUGGAGAAGACAGGACUGAAGGCCAACGAGCCGACUUACUUCACUGUGGACUGCAGUGAAGCCGGACAGGGUGAUGUCAGCAUUGGCAUCAAGUGCGCUCCAGGUGUAGUCGGACCUGCCGAGGCCGACAUCGACUUUGACAUCAUCAAGAACGACAACGACACAUUCACAGUGAAGUACAUGCCUCCGGGUCCCGGACAGUACACCAUCAUGGUGCUGUUCGCUGAUCAGGAAAUCCCUAUUAGCCCCUUCAGAAUAAAGGUGGAUCCUUCCCAUGAUGCAGCCAAAGUCAGGGCAGAGGGACCUGGACUCAACAGGACAGGGGUGGAGGUGGGUAAGCCCACCCACUUCACCAUUUAUACAAAGGGAGCUGGUAAAGCCAAACCUGAGGUCCACUUCACCGGAGCAGCUAAAGGUGAUGCCGUUCGAGACUUUGAGAUCAUCGACAACCAUGACUACUCUUACACUGUCCGCUACACAGCGGUGCAGCAGGGGAGCAUGUCCAUCAUUGUGUGUCAUGGAGGAGACCCCAUCCCAAAAAGUCCAUUCACCAUCAUUGUGGCCCCCCCACUGGACCUCAACAAGGUCAAAGUUCAGGGACUGAACAACAAAGUAGACGUUGGGAAGGAUCAGGAGUUCUCCAUCUGUACUCGAGGUGCUGGAGGUCAGGGCAAACUGGACGUGAAGAUCACCUCCCCUUCGCGUCGACCAAUCCCCUGCAAGGUGGAGUCGGGCACAGCCAAUGAGGUUCAUAUAGUGAAAUACAUUCCUCCUGAGGAAGGACCAUACAGAGUGGACAUCAGCUACGAUGGGAACCCUGUCCCGGGAAGUCCAUUCACUGUGGAGGGCAUCAUGCCCCCUGACCCUUCAAAGGUGCGAGCCUACGGUCCAGGCCUUCAGGGUGGUGUGGUAGGCAAACCAGCCCCCUUUGCCAUUGACACAAAGGGUGCUGGUACUGGUGGUCUGGGUCUGACGGUGGAGGGGCCGUGUGAGGCCAAGAUUGAAUGCCAGGACAAUGGUGAUGGAUCCUGCUCUGUGUCCUACCUGCCGACUGAGCCUGGUGAAUACGCCAUCAACAUCCUGUUUGCAGACCAGCACAUCCCCGGUUCCCCCUUCAAGGCUGUGGUCCAGUCAGUGUUUGACCCCAGCAAGGUGACAGCCAGCGGCCCCGGGCUGGAGCAAGGCAAGGUCAACGAGGCUGGAACCUUCACGGUGGACUGCUCCAAAGCCGGAGAGGAUGAGCUCACCAUCGAGAUCAUCUCUGACUCUGGGGCCAAAGCUGAAGUUCACAUUCAGAACAACAGUGAUGGGACCUACUCCAUCACAUAUAUACCCCAGUGCCACGGCAUGUACACCAUCACCAUUAAAUAUGGAGGACACAUGGUGCCAAAGUUCCCCAUUCGCUUGCAGGUGGACCCAGUUGUUGACACCAGCGGGGUGAAGGUCUAUGGACCAGGAGUGGAACCCAGAGGCGUCCUGAGGGAAGUAACCACUCAUUUCAUCGUGGACGCUCGAGCUCACUACAAGAGCGGUGGCAGCCAUAUCAAAACCUCGAUCUCAAAUCCGUCAGGUGCCAACACAGACGCCUACGUCACCGACAAGGGAGAUGGGACAUACAAAGUCGAGUACACACCGUACGAGGACGGUUUGCAUCUGAUUGAAGUUCUUUUGGAUGACGUCUCGGUGCCAAAGAGUCCGUUCAGGGUGUCCGUGAGCGAGGGUUGUGAUCCCAGUCGAGUCCGAGCCUACGGUCCAGGUUUGGAGGAAGGGCUGGUGAACAAACCAAACCGAUUCACUGUUGAGACCAGAGGUGCUGGCACUGGGGGACUUGGCCUGGCCAUUGAGGGUCCAUCAGAGGCAAAAAUGUCAUGUAAGGACAACAAAGAUGGCAGCUGCAGUGUGGAGUAUAUCCCCUUCACGCCUGGAGAAUAUGAUGUCAAUAUCACCUUUGGAGGCUUACCGAUCCCAGGGAGUCCAUUCCGGGUCCCAGUGCGAGAGCUGGUUGAUCCCAGUAUGGUGAGGUGUUCAGGUCCUGGCCUUGGAAGUGGAGUCCGGGCUCAUGUUCCUCAGACUUUUACUGUAGACAGCAGCAAGGCAGGGGUGGCUCCCCUGUCAGUUCAGCUAUAUGGACCAACAGGUGUAGCUGAGCCACUCAACAUCACAGAUAAUGGUGAUGGUACUCACACGGUCAACUAUACUCCUGCCAACGAUGGCCCAUAUACGGUGUGCGUAAAGUAUGCCGACCAGGAAGUGCCCCGGAGUCCUUUUAAAAUCAAGACGUUACCGGCUCAUGAUGCUAGCAAAGUUCGAGCCAGCGGUCCCGGUCUGAAUGCAUCUGGGGUUCCAGCCAGCCUGCCAGUGGAGUUCACCAUUGAUGCCAGAGAUGCUGGAGAAGGACUGCUCACCGUCCAGAUUCUGGGUCCAGACGGCUGCAGUCGCGAGGCUUCAUUGUUUGUGGAAGACUGGGGCAGGAGGGUGUGGGAGACUCACAUAGUAAAGAAAACCAUCCCCUUCAGUAUUCUUAGGAGAGGCUCU